AUGAGUCCUAGCAGUGAAGUGGAGAGGAUGGAAAAGUCUCGAGUACCGUAUGCAUCGGUGGUGGACAACCUUAUAAUUGCUAUGAUGCGUACAAGACCAGACAUUGCACAAGUAGUGGGAGUGGUUAUUAGUGGGUUGAAUGCACAACAACAACUACUUAUUAGAGAUUGGCAUGAUGUGGAGUAUUUUACUGAACACAUGCUGGAAGGUCUAACUUCUCUUCGAACUUUGGACAUUCAUUACUGUAAGAAAUUGAAAUCGUUGUCUGAAGGAGUGCGACAUUUGGCUCAUCUUGAGAGUUUGAAGAUCAUUGAUUGUCCAGAGCUGAUGGAUCUAUCAAGCAAUAUGAGGCAACUAACUGCCCUUCAGUUUGUCUCAAUUUCGGGAUACUCCACAUUACCAUAUGGCUUUCAACGUGUCCCUUUCCUACGAACAUUGGCGAUAACAAAUUGCAGAUCUAUUUCAUUGUCGGACUGGGUGGGAGACAUGACUACUCUUGAAAGAUUAAGCAUUCGCAACUGUGAGGAGUUGAGAUCACUGCCGAGUAGCAUUCAACGCCUCAUCAACUUGUCUUAUUUAACCAUAUACUGCUGUCCUCAUCUGCAGGAGCGGUGCAAGAGGGAAACAGGAGAGGAUUGGCAAUACAUAAACCACAUUCCGCAAUUGGGACUAUAUCCAUGA